AGGAUGCAAAAGAAGCUGAAACCCCACGUAGUGUUCUCGAAGAAAUUGGACUGACAUAACUCUCCUCCCUUGAUGACUUCUUGUGGCAUUUCACACACUGUAGAUGGUCACUGCCUUCAUGUUCAUGUUAGCUAAUGGUGUAAGAUGAUGUCUUGUCAGUAUUACUGUUUUGCUAAGCUGCUUCAUUCAGGCCUACACACUUUUUUUUUUAAAGGGAACUUUGGUUUAUCAACUGAUAAAUUAAGGGACAUAAAUAUGAAUUAGAAAGCUGUAGAAAAAGUAACAUACCAUUUCUAGACAUUUCCCAGUUUAAAGGUCAGUUUUUCGUAAUUAUGCAUAUGUGAAAAUGACACAUCUAUAUACAUGCAUAUCAAACAAUUGGCAAAAUAUAUUUAUUACUGGACUUGACAAAGGAGACUAAAAUUAUGUGAAACCUGGUUUGAUGAAACCAAAGACUUGAGCAGUAUUUAAGUCUAUAUAAGAAUAAAGGGAGUUGACAUGUCACAGAUCAAGUGAAUGAAAAUUUAUUGAAAAUUUAAGCAACAAAAUUUAUACCAAAGACCCUUACUGGAUACAAAAUACUUUUUAAAAAAAGGGAAUAUAGAUUAUUUUAGAGGAAUAACUUAGAUUGAUGCUGUUUUUACACUAAAAAUCACUUAAGUAUUCUGAAUGAAUUGGGAGCAAAGACUGUUCCUCAUAGUGAGCACAUAAUUUUUAAGGCCAAUGAAUAUUUUACUCCCCAAAUGAAAUUUUAGUGGUCAUAAUCAUGUACUUAAUUGGAUUUUUUGCUGUCCCUCAAAAUGUGGGAAUAUUAAUUUCCAGGAAUUCUACAAAAUAGAAUCUUACAGGAACAUGUUGCUCUUUUCACGAAGUGUUAUAUAAAGUCAUUAUCUAAAGCAUGAAUGUUCCUCCUGGCGUGCUAGUUAAAGCCAAAUUUGUUUCACUUCCCUAUAGCUUCCUUCCAAUUAGAAGAAGUGCUGCAAACUUGACUGCAGUUUCCUUUCCUUUCAUGUCACUGCCUAGUUAUAAAAAUUCAAGAUACCUUUGCUAUAACAGCGAGAGUUGACUGAAGGCCCUAUAUUUUUUCAAGCUAUAUAAAUGCUCAGCAUCACUUUUAUACAUACACGUAUCUGAACAUAUCUUCAUGGUUUAUACUUUUCACUUGUAUGUGCUGGGCUGGAUUAAGCUUUGUCGUGAUUGUGAACAACUUUCAGGCCACAUGAACACUGUCUUAUCACAUCGCCAACUAGUUGUAAUAAAUGUUCUACAAACACUGUAGUGUGUUUUUAUCUCUCUUUCCAAAAGUUUUUUCAAAUCAUGGAGAACUGCUGAAGGGAUUUUUUUUCUCUCUUUUUUAAUAAAAUGCUGGCACAUACUCUCCAUUUGACACCCGUACCCCGUGCACUUGAAUGUGGUGGUGGUUAAGCACACACAGAAAUGGCAGGAGUCAAGGGAUUUUCAUGUGCUUCAAGCUCAUUGAAAAAAUCGCGUGGACUCUAUGCGAACAAGAACUUACAUUUAUUUUCAAUUAAUAAAUGCCGCUUCUAAAACC